UUGUAAACAAACGUGUUCUUCAUUAGCAAGUGUUCUUUUUUUUUAGAGUUUUUACACUAAAUCUUACUCAUUCUCGCGAAUUCUUACUGACGUAUUCUCAAUUUAUAUGCUGAUAGACAGUAGCUGAAUAGUGCUAUGUUAUUGUUAGAAUAUGUUGGUUGGUUUUGGUUACAAUGCGUUUGAGCAAUUGAUAUCGACAGAGAAAAGAUGCAUUUCCACUCCAGUUCCAAUAUUUGCUGACCAAUGCAGUGAUGGUAACUUUAAGGUUAUCAUCCAAUGGGGGUCUAUCCACUUGCUUAAAGAUCAUCAAGUGAUUUGCAGCUCAAAAUCGUGCUUAUGUUCCCUUUUAAGAUCAAGCAAAGAGGUCCAGAAAGAGAAGAUCACUGAUGUAGAUUUUCGUGGCAAUGCUGCAGCUGUUGUUGUUACCAAAACAGGAGUCCUCGUAGUGAAUAAAAAUGGCAGUAUUGAAAGAGUAGAGUCCUCGAGUGAUGUCACAGGUUGCAGAUUCAAAACUGUCAGAGUAGGAGACACACACAUCAUUGCAACAAAAGCUGAUGGAAGUUGUGGAGAAGUAGUCUACAAUGAGGCAAGCUAUGUAUAUCGGCCAAUUUUAUUGGGCAGAGUUUGUCAUGUGACUUGUGGAAAAGAUCAUGUACUUUUUCUGACAGAAUCUGGUGAAGUUUAUAGCUAUGGAAUUGGCAGCCGAGGUCAGCUAGGUCAUGGGCAGCCAGACUCGGAGAAAUCACCUCGUGUCGUUGAAGCUCUUCAAGGCAUUACAGUGUCUGCUGUAAGUUGCGGUGGUUGGCACUCUGCUGCCCUCAGUGGCAUAGGCGAUGUAUACAUAUGGGGUUGGAAUGAAUCUGGACAAAUAGGAUUUGCAAUGAAACCAAAGCCAACAUUCACAUCGGAAAACGAGAAAUUUAAUACCGAAAAAGAUAGUUACCAAAAUCAACCUUAUUUUGAUCAAAAAGCAGAAGAGGAGUUUUCUUCAGAGAGCAGAGAAAUUGAUAUGAAGUUUAAAUGCAAGGAACCAGAGCGUGAAAUGCAUGCAAUCGAUCUUAAUAGAAUAAAAUCAAGCUAUGAACUUCCAUUACCUUUGAAAACGGAGAGGGCCGAUGAUAAUGAAGCAUCUUGUUGCGAAGAUGGAGCAGAUGUUAGUACCUGUAAAGACAUUACUAUCCAGUUUUCUAUGCUACCCAGUCUCUUAGACUUCCCAGAUGACUUCAGUGUAUCAAAGAUCAGUUGUGGAUCAAGGCAUACAGCUGCUGUUUUGGAGAAUGGUAAAUUAUACACCUGGGGCUGGGGCAAGUAUGGGCAACUAGGGCAUGGUGAUACAAAGACAAUAGACCGGCCAACACUUGUCACAGCGCUGGAAGACAAACAAGUGGUAGAUGUUGUAUGCGGUGAAUGGAACACUGUUGUUGUUUGUGAAAGCCUGCCACCACCCAGCCAAUCCUUAUUAGAAGAGCCUGCCCUCUACCACUCAGCCAUGACAGAGCCCUAUCAUUAGAAAAUUUGUAAGUGAAACAUUGUACAUGUGCAUCAACUGACUUCCUUCAUUUUGUUUACUCCGACAUUGCCACAUAAUCAUGUGAUAUUGUGCAUACAUUACAGGCAAAUGUAGCUAUAAUUGAGGUGGCAUGAUAGCCAAUUUCAGGAUGGACAGCUCAGCUUGUUUUCAGACAUAGGAGGAUGAAUGUAAGCUUGAAAUGAUGACAUCAUUUUGUGAGAUACAAUUUUAAUGCAAUAAAAUAUGUAAAGUUAAUAAGAACAGUAGUUAUUUAACAGAUGAUCAUGUCUUUUUCAGCCACUGUAGGGACAAAUGCUUCCCUAUAGUUGCCACCAUACUUUCCUGUAUUUGGUGUAAUGACUAUAUGCAUUGUUCUAAUGUCUUGAAGUGGAUUGUAAAAAAUCCAUAAAAAAAACGAACAUUAUUAUAACCUGCGUUAUUGCUAUCUGAUUUCAAAACCAUUUCAAGAAGGGGUAAUAAAAUAUGUGCAAUUAAUAGAACAUACAAUGCCAUAUACAAGUCAGCAGGCAGUACUCAAUUGGGUUGAUGUGCAUUAUUUGAGAACAUAUGGUGUUUUAAUAUUUUUAAAAAACAAACAUAUGUCAAAUUAAAGAAUGGAAGUUUUUUAAAAUGACAGCAGAUCAGUCGUACUACAGUAUUUUGGUAGAGGCCAGUGGAAUUCAAGGAUGAAGCCCUGGUAGAGAUUCAAUUUUGGCUUAUUUUUAGCUCUCUGAAGCAUCUUAUAUUAUAUUAUGACCCAACCCUUUUUUGUCUGAGUAAUAGCCAACACAGGAAUUGGCUCUCCUGGCCACACCCCUAACGCUCUGAGAAACUCAGCAAUUUUGGGCCAUUUUUAAGCUGCUCUGAGACAAUUUAGGACAUACUAUGCACCCCCCACUGAAAUUAAUACUGUAUUAAAUCUAGUCAAGGCAAGAGAGCUCAGCAUGUAGACAUUAUCAAACAUGGAAGGAUGAAUGCCAAUUGUCAAGUUUUUGAAAUCAGUUUAUUAAUGAAAUCAAAAUUCACAUUAACACUAUCAUGAAAGAUCAUAUUACAGAGCACUUUUAAGAAUGUAAGGCAAGACCUUGUUCAUAUGGU